CGGGCAGCUCAGGGGGCCGCGAUUUCACAUCGGAAACAAAACAGCGGCCGCUGGGGAAGGAACCUCGGCUGGGAGCGGGUUGCGGCUACCGGGAAAGAGAAGGACUUGACCAACUAGGGGGUGAUUUGGUUAAAUCCCAUUUCAGAUCUGAUACGGGAGCCUGCAAGUGACAACAGCCUUCGAGGUCCUUAGACAGCUUGGCUUGGAGGAGAACACAUGAAAGAAAGAGCCCCAAGAAGCUUUGUUUUCUGUGAAAAAGUAUUUCUAUACAGUUGCUCCAAUGACAGAGUUACCUGCACCCUUGUCCUAUUUCCAGAAUGCACAGAUGUCUGAGGACAACCACCUGAGCAAUUCUGUACGUAGCCAGAAUGAUAAUCGAGAACGGCAGGAUCAUGGUGAUAGGCGAAGACCUGGGAACCCUGAGCCGGUGUCUAAUGGCCGACCCCAGGGUAACUCACGGCAGGUGGUGGAGCAAGAUGAGGAAGAGGAUGAGGAGCUGACACUGAAAUAUGGCGCCAAACAUGUCAUCAUGCUCUUUGUCCCUGUCACCCUCUGUAUGGUGGUGGUGGUGGCUACCAUCAAAUCUGUCAGCUUUUAUACCCGGAAAGAUGGGCAGCUAAUCUAUACCCCAUUCACAGAAGACACUGAAACUGUGGGCCAGAGAGCCCUGCACUCGAUUCUGAAUGCUGCCAUCAUGAUCAGUGUCAUUGUCGUCAUGACGAUCCUCCUGGUGGUUCUAUAUAAAUACAGGUGCUAUAAGGUCAUCCAUGCCUGGCUUAUUGUUUCAUCUCUAUUGUUGCUCUUCUUUUUUUCGUUCAUUUAUUUGGGGGAAGUGUUCAAAACCUAUAAUGUUGCUGUAGACUACAUUACAGUUGCACUCCUCAUCUGGAAUUUUGGUGUGGUGGGAAUGAUUUCCAUUCACUGGAAAGGUCCACUUCGACUGCAGCAGGCAUAUCUCAUUAUGAUCAGUGCCCUCAUGGCUCUGGUAUUUAUCAAGUACCUCCCUGAAUGGACUGCGUGGCUCAUCUUGGCUGUGAUUUCAGUAUAUGAUUUAGUGGCUGUUUUGUGCCCAAAAGGUCCACUUCGUAUGCUGGUUGAAACAGCUCAGGAGAGAAAUGAGACUCUCUUUCCAGCUCUUAUUUACUCCUCAACAAUGAUGUGGUUGGUGAAUAUGGCUGAAGGAGACCCAGAAGCCCAAAGAAGGGUGUCCAAACACUCCAAGUAUAAUACACAAAGCACAGAAAGGGAGGCACAGGACAGUACUGCAGAUAAUGAUGAUGGUGGCUUCAAUGAGGAGUGGGAAGCCCAGAGAGACAGUCAUCUAGGACCUCAUCGCUCUACAGCCGAGUCACGAGCUGCUGUCCAGGAACUUUCCAGCAGCAUCCUAGCCAGCGAAGAUCCAGAGGAAAGGGGAGUAAAACUUGGAUUGGGAGAUUUCAUUUUCUACAGUGUUCUGGUUGGUAAAGCCUCAGCAACCGCCAGUGGAGACUGGAACACUACCAUAGCCUGUUUUGUAGCCAUAUUAAUUGGCCUGUGCCUUACGUUAUUACUCCUCGCCAUUUUCAAGAAAGCAUUGCCAGCUCUUCCCAUCUCCAUCACCUUUGGGCUUGUUUUCUACUUUGCCACAGAUUAUCUUGUGCAGCCCUUUAUGGACCAAUUAGCAUUCCAUCAAUUUUAUAUCUAGCAUAUCUGCAAUUAGAAUCCCAUGGAUGUUUCUCCUUUGACUAUGAUAAAAUCUGGGGAGGACAAAGGUGACUUUCCUAUGUCCAUAUCCAACGAAGUCAAGAUUCCCAGCUGGACUUCUGCAACUUCCUUCAAGUUUUCCUGACCACCUGCACUAUUGGACAUUGGAAGGAGGUCUACAGAAAACGGUUUUGAACGUAUUUUCAUCGUGGUGGACUGUGUCCCUCGGUGCAAAAACUACCAAAUUUGAGGGACAAGGACAAGGAAAUGUGAUGGGCCAAGAAGUUGCUGAGCUCCACCAGCAGUUUGACCCUUGGUCAUGGGAGACUCUACCAACACUGCGAACUCUCAGGACUACCAUUACCAUGAGCUAAAUGAAGUGGUUUCAGCCAAACAGAACUUUCAUCUUAAACUACAUAAAUCAGCCUAAUAAAUCUGUAUUAACUGAAUUCUGAACCUUUCAGGAGGUACUAUGAGGAGAGCAGGCACCAGCCACAAAAUGGAAGGGUGGAAAGGGACUUGAGCUUUCACUUUCAGACUCUCUUGAUGUAGACUUUAAUUUUAAAACAAGAUAGUGUCCCCCUACUUUGAGUCACAUCAGAGGUGUAGGUUGGUUUUGACGAUUUUUGUUCUCAGGCACUGAAACUCACCACCAUCUCUGGUUGCCAUUUCUUCCCAAGGCCAGUCUGAACUUUAUGCUUUGUCCUUGAAAGUCUCAACCUCAGGUUCCAAAUUCAGCAAUUUCUGGAAAUAAUGGAACUGUUGCUCAAUGAUUCCCUAUCAUCCUUAAUUCAAUUCUGGAUUUUCCACCAAAUUGCUAAUUUUUAUACACACUUGUAAGUUCAUUUGUCCCAGAUGCCUCCUCUGCUCCCCAUCUUUCCCUUCGUCCCCCCCAGCAGUUCUACAGCAGUGAGGCAGCUCUGUGCUGGUAGCAGGUGAUCCCGUUAAUCCCAUUUACUCUUUGUAUGAUGCGAAGAAUGUUAUAAAUCAGUGCUAUCAGCCUUGCUGUCUCCACUCUUGAUAGUAAGUAUGAUGUGUGCCCAAAGACAGUAGAAUUAAAGAAGAGUAAAAUGGCUGGUGAAGCACUUUCUGUCCUGGUUUUUCUUUUGUGACUACAAGCCACUGACUCUGACACUAGGUCAGAAUUUGAAUUAGGACCUGGGGAUUUGGCUCAAUGGUAGAGCACUUGCCUGGCAUGCGUGAGUCUCAGAGUUACAUUCCAAACACCACCAAAAAAAGUCACAGAAUUAGAAUUAAUAACCCAAUCCUUGUGGUUUAUGUUUAUGAACCAGUUGUAGAAUUACAAAGCAAGAGUUUGGAGAAUGUAUUAUUUUGCUUGACCAGCCGUGGGAGGACCUGGGGUCUGAGAACCAGCUGCCAAGAGGAGAGAGAAGGGGCCUUCCACAGCCAAGGAGCAGAGUGAGCUCACAGCCCAGGCAGGCGGAUGUGAAGGAAGAGAUCCAGGUGGUUCUUCAGGAACCUCACAAUGGGUGCUUUGUGGUCUCUGCUGCAUCACCUUCAUCUCGAUGUGCCUUUGAGUGAACUGGGCAGUGGAGUUGCUGGCUGAGUCAGCGUUGUGUACAGUUCAGUCAGACAAAACACAGAAACAGCCAGCAGCCUGGUGGGCACAUGGCACUUCUAGGUGAAGCCCUGCAGGGCCCAACCCUUACUUUCCCAGAGAGCCCUUAGCCAUGGCCAGGAGACCGUAAGCCUCUGUGACAAGCUGUUUCCUCCUUGGCUGAAGAAGGCUGGCUUUUGCGCUCUGGCCUGCUGCUUUCUCUGCCACCCUCGAGGUGAUCCCAUGGGAGGUUCUCCCUGGAGUUCAGAGUAUUGUUUUCAGUCGUGGAACAGCCCUAGUAAGAAACUAACUUCAGGGGUUGUAGCUGGGUAGUAGAGCACGUGCAUAGUGCAUGCGAGCCCUGGGUUCAGUCCCCACACCACAAAAAAAGGCACUUUAGGAGUAUUGCACUGGUAUUAACCUCAGUGUCAGUUAAAACUGGCUCAUCUCAGGCAAUUGAGAAGAGCAAGAAAAAUAAGAGCUACGCAGGGAAAGAGUGGGGGCUUAUGGUGACAGGUUCUAUCUUUUUUCUUUUUUCAUUAGCUCACUUUUACAAGGUCUCUCUUUUUUUAGGUUGGCAGUAUAGCUCAGUGGUAGAGCACUUGCACCGGCCUAGUGUGUACAAGGCCCUGGGUUCAAUCCCUAGUACCACACCAAAAAAAAAAUAAUAAUAAUAAAAUUCUUUUUCUGCUCUCAGGCAGGUAGCAGUGUGGGUAUUGGCCUCGGGAAUGCACAGCUGCCACCAGCCAAACCCCACCCCAGGGUGUGAUUCAAGGCCUUCUUGUAGUGCUAACCUAGAGUAGUUUGUGUAAGGGUCCCAAGUGUGUUGUCUCUUUCACGGCAGAGUGUGUAAUUGCCUGUGCGUGUUUCAGUACGUUCUAAGUAUUAUUGCCCCAUGGAGAAAGGUGGCAGUAAUUCUGUCUUGAGUUUGAACCAUGUCUGGGCCAUUGUAAGACAGCAUACAGAGAACCCAUCUCAUCUCUUUUAGUCCCUGAUCUCAGACAGAACUUUCCUUCAAACACUGUUUUCAGGAGCAGUUCAGUCAUUCUGAAAUAUCAAAGUGCUAAUCUUCCACCACAAAAAAUAGAAUGUCACCAGAGGAAACAGAAGCAGUUUCCCUGAGGCUGUGCCAUCACACAGGAGGGAGGUGACCGUGAGCUGAUGGCUAAGGCCAGCCAAACUGAGAGAAGAAGACAGGAAGAACAACCACUGGGUCUGGGUCUGACCACCUACAGAAUACAGAGUGUUUACAUAUGAAUGUCACUAAUUGCCCAGCGCAGUGCCAGCCAUAUUUGGAAAACUGUAGACUUUUGCCAAAGGAAGUACUCACCUUCCUGUUUUUGAUUUUUAAUAGGUUAGUGUGCAGUCUAAGGGUCACAGCUCUUAACUCUCAAUGACUAAACUUUCAGUGAGAAAAAAUGAAAAGGUUUCUAGGCAACUAGGAAGAACACAGUUGUAAGAAAACAAUUUAUUAAGCUGGGGGUGUGACUCUGUGGAGCACUUGCCUGACAUGCACAAGGCCCUGGGUUCCAUCCCCAUCACCAAAAGAAAAAAAAGUGGCUGGUUUUUUUUUCCUACUUUUAGACUCUUGCAGCUGGAACCUCUUGUUUUCUGACAUUUGACAGCUUUGACUUUCCUAAAAGAUAGUAUUUGUCAAUAACCACUUCUCCCGGUUAUCAUUACUGAGGGUUUUUAAAAUUGAUGCUAUGAAGUUGACUUAAUUCAGAAACCAAUCCUUUCAGUAAAGUACUUAUUCUCUCAGUUUGCUUUUGGUGGUCUAUAAAGAACAGUCUGACCUGCUGUUCUCACCUCCAAGCGUAUUCUGAAGACUGAAUUUGGACAGAUACUUGGAACGUGGUUUUGCCCUUGGAAUGGAAACAAUACCAUAUUACCAUUGUAAUCUGAACCCCAAAGUGAUCCUCGUGAUCUUCUCACUUUUUAAAUUCAAAACACAUACACACAGGAGAUUAAAAACACUGGCAUCAGCCCUUCAGAACCCCCACUAAACUUGCUGACCAGAGUAAGGCUGCAUUACACUUGGGUCUCAGCAUCAUUUGCGUGCUAGCUUCUAAACAAAUCAUCCUUGGAUUUGUUUAUUACAAAGCACCCUGGUGCUGAAAUGAACCCCUUUUUUGAAUAUCAAAGCCAUUUCUCAGGGCCUUGAGUAGCAGGUUGCCUCUUAAGGAUGCAGGGUCCACCCUGGGCCCUGGAAUAUGGUGCUGGCACUUCCUCUUGGUCUGAGUAGCAGGAGAGACUUCCCAAGAAAGCAAUUUUCCUUCCCAAACACAUAAUUGUUAAAAGUAGGCAGUUUCAAAAUCAGCUGCAUACAGUAGUGAGCACAGGAUUGUCUUGUUCACAAUGAGACGGGAGGAGGGGGGAAUAAGGGUUUCAGAAAGAUCAUUUCUUCCAUGCAGUUAUUGCUUGGUUUCUGCUUCUGUGAAUACUUACUUGUACAUAAUUCAGAUACACUGUGAAUUCAACUUUUUUACAAAUGCCUUUCAAAUUUUGGUAAGUUAUUUUGAUAGAUGAUUACAGGUUUUCCUGUAUUUGUCAAAUUGAGACCAUGUAUCCAGCUGUGCUAGUUUUCUUAUAUGAAAGUAUUAUGAUGUGUAACUGCAGACUGUUUAGCUAUCAAGACAGUUUAGAAACAAAUGUAUUAUUUCUAUGCACUCAUAAUAAAGUGGGAAGGAUUAUAGCAUGCCACACCUCUGAAUGGUAUAACAUUAAAUCUGUUAAUAACAACUACAGUCAACUCUCCAUAUCAUUGGAUUAUGCAGCUAUGAAUUCAACCAAUUUAGGAUUGAAAAUAUUUGGAAAAAUGGCUUCUGUGCUGAACAUGUAAAGAACUUUCUUCUCUUUAUUUCCUAAACAAUAAAAUACAACAAUUUACUUGA